AUGUCAUUACCUGGUAGUAGUAGUAGUAGUAGUAGCAGUAGUAGUAGUGAUGGUAACAACAGCAAUAUACCAAACGCUACUCCCAUAAAGGCCACUCCAACUGCUGAAACAAUAACGCCGCCAAUCAACAAUGAAUUCUCAUUCAAUAUAAAAUCAUUAAUAAGCAAUGCCAUGGAAAACAAUCCAAUAUUCGCCGCUGGUGGUGGAUUAAUGAUCCUUGGGUCCGGUUUAGCCCUAGCACGUUCCAGCGCAAUCAAAUUAAGUCGAUUACUAUACAAACAAAUGAUAAUUGAUUUAGAAAUUCCAUCAAAGGAUAAAUCAUACUCAUGGAUCUUAACAUGGAUCUCUAAACAACCAAAGAGAGUCUCUAGACAUCUCUCUGUAAGGACAUCAUAUGUACAACAUGAUAAUGGAUCAAUUAAUACCAAAUUUUCUAUGGUGCCUGGUCCGGGGAAUCAUUGGAUUAGAUAUAAAGGUGCUUUCAUAAUGAUCAAGAGAGAAAGAUCGGGGAAAAUGGUGGAUUUAAUUAAUAGUGCACCAUAUGAAACUGUAACGUUGGUUACUUUGUAUCGUGAUCGUGGGUUGUUUAAGGAUAUCUUGGAUGAAGCUAAACAAAUCGCCAUGAAGGAUACAGAAGGUAAGACUGUCAUUUAUACUUCGUUUGGUCCUGAAUGGAGAAGAUUUGGACAACCUAAGGGUAAAAGAACAUUGGCUUCAGUCGUUUUAGAUAAAGGUAUAAAGGAAAAUAUAGUAAAAGAUGUGGAAGAAUUUAGAAAUAAUGGGAAAUGGUAUUCGGAUAGAGGAAUACCGUAUAGAAGAGGUUACUUAUUGUAUGGACCACCAGGUUCAGGGAAAACAAGUUUUAUACAAGCUUUAGCUGGUGAAUUAGACUAUAACAUUUGUAUUUUGAACUUAUCUGAGAAUAAUUUAACAGAUGAUAGAUUAAACCAUUUAAUGAAUAACAUGCCUGAGAGAAGUAUACUACUACUAGAAGACAUUGAUGCUGCAUUCGAUAAGAGGUCCCAAACGAUAGAGGGAGGGUAUCAAUCACAUGUUACAUUUAGUGGAUUACUAAACGCAUUAGAUGGUGUUACUUCCUCGGAGGAAACCAUCACGUUCAUGACUACGAACCACAGGGAGAAGUUAGAUCCCGCAAUCUUAAGGCCUGGUCGGAUUGACUAUCAAGUCCUUGUGGGAGACGCCACAUUAUAUCAAAUCAAACAUAUGUUCUUGAAGUUUUAUCCAGGUGAAACAAAGCUAUGUGAAAGAUUUGUUCAAAGUGUUUCCAAAGAGUUCCCAUCAAUAGCCGCCAACGAGACCGGGGAGGUCAACCCUAAUGCCCGGACACCAGGGCUCAGCACGGCCCUACUUCAGGGUUUGUUUGUGGUCCAUAAAGAUAAACCUCGAGACGCAAUUGCCGCGGUGCCAGCCCUUCGUGAGAAAAUUGCAGUUGUAAAUUGA